GCCAUUGAAACUAGCUAAUUAAAACCAUAUAAGGUGUACCAUAACAAUCAUGAAGCUGUAAAUUACAGCAAAUGAUGAACACCAGGCCCACAAAAAAAAAUUAAAACGAGAAAAACGUUAGAAGAACGCGAUCUUCAAAACGCAAUAUUCUAAAGCCUAUCUCCAGUUCACUGGAGGCAGAGCAUCAUUUUAGUUUCCAAUGUUUUCAUGUGGGCCGCCUCCACGUCAGAAAAGAGUACACGACAAUAUUGACACGUCGGCUGUCCAUCUCUUCCUGGCUGUAAUAAUGGGCGACGUUCUAAUCCUUCGGAAGCAAGAUAUUGAUUAAAAAGCUCGGAAUAGACCAACUACUUGCCUGUCACAAAAUGCUCGGAAAUCGAAGUGGCAAGAAAAUCCGACGGAUGUAGCCCAGCUGUCAACACCAUUGAAAUAACUGCGAUGCUUCCUUCUUUCUGUUCAAUUUAACUCAGAGGGCUGCGAAGUUGAAUCGUUAGGGUUUUGUUUUUUUCAAUUUGAAUGAAAUGCAUUUAAAAACUUGAGGGUUGAUACUGAUGCUUGAAAAGCUGUAAAUUUCUGAAUUUGUCGGGAGAAAAGGGCGUAAAUGUCACUUGUUGGGAGCCUUUAACAUUUGUUGAGGUUCAUUCUAAGGAAAUGCUUUGGAUGAGCUGAAUUUAACUGCCAUUCUUUUGUGUAUACGUUUCAAAUUUUCAAGACAUUGAGACAAUUAAUUCAAAAAUCUUCGAUUCACACAAGCAUUGGAGUGGAAUUGGCUGUCACUUGUUGCCAUUUUCUCGUGGCAGAUUUUCAAGAUUCCAGUCUGCAGGAAGAAUUAUGUCUGUCUAAUACAGAGCAUUUUUGUUUGCUAAGGUUGAACUCACUUGGUUAUUUCUCAAAAAUGACGAUAGGAUAUUUGCCAGGAACAUCAGGAUCAAAUCUCUCACAGCAGCAAAAGACAUCAUUCUUUGGAAAUCGAUACAUAAUUGGUUUGACUUUUGUUGCUGGUAUUGGUGGCUUACUUUUUGGAUAUGACACAGGAGUCAUAUCAGGAGCACUUCUAUACAUUCGUGAUGAUUUUAAAGAGGUGGCCGAGAGUACAUUUCUGCAGGAAACUAUUGUCAGCAUGGCAGUGGCUGGGGCUAUAGUUGGAGCUGCAAUAGGUGGAUGGCUUAAUGAUGCUUAUGGACGAAGGAAAACAACUCUUUUAGCCGAUAUUAUUUUCACAAUUGGAGCAGUCUGUAUGGCAGCUGCACCAGAUCCAUAUGUUCUUAUUAUUGGUAGGCUUUUGAUAGGAUUGGGUGUUGGCCUGGCAUCAAUCACUGCUCCUAUUUAUAUUGCAGAAGCUUCACCAUCUGACAUAAGAGGAGGUUUAGUGGGUAUAAAUGUGCUGAUGAUAACUGCAGGCCAGUUUCUGUCCUAUCUUGUGAAUUUAGCAUUUACCGAGGUUCCAGGGACUUGGCGUUGGAUGCUUGGUGUAGCAGGGUUACCUGCCAUCUUCCAGUUUACACUUAUGUAUUUUUUGCCAGAGUCUCCACGAUGGCUUUAUAUGAAGAACAAGCAAGUUGAAGCUGUAGCAGUUCUUGAAAAAAUCUAUGAUCCAGACAGUUUGAGGAGUGAGAUCGAGCACCUUUCUGCUGCUGUUAGUGAAGAGCUUCAGCGAAGUCAGUCAAAAAUAGGAUUUUUUGACCUGUUUAAAACAAAGGAAGUAAGACUUGCUUUGCUUGCUGGAGUUGGUCUUCAGGCAUUUCAACAGUUAUGUGGCAUUAAUACUGUUAUGUAUUAUAGCCCCACUAUUGUAGAGCUGGCUGGUUUUUCGUCAAAUAAAACUGCCCUGUUGCUAUCCUUGCUGGUUUCUGGAAUGAAUGCAAUUGGUACAGUUCUUGGUAUAUAUCUCGUGGAUAAAUGUGGAAGAAGAUUUCUAGCAUUGACAAGUUUGAUUGGUGUCUUUAUAUCAUUGGGUAUCCUGUCAGGUGCAUUUUACUUGACUUCGAUUGAUGUUCCUGCUGUUGACAUACAUGGGUCUCUGCGGAGAUCAGAUUAUGCCUGUCCAGCACUCCUUGACUUGAGCCACCCUCUUUGGAACUGUAAGGGUUGCUUAGAUGCUGCAUGUGGCUUUUGCACUGCAUCUGGAAAUCAGAUGCUUCCCGGAAGUUGCUUUGUUGCAAACACUACUGCUAAGGGUUACUGUCUUCAGAGCUCUCAUCAUUGGUUCACUGAUGCAUGUCCAAGCAGUUAUGGAUGGCUUGCUAUUCUUGGAUUGGUUUUGUAUAUAGCUUUCUUUUCCCCUGGUAUGGGAAUGGUUCCUUGGGCAGUCAAUUCAGAAAUUUAUCCUGAGAAAUAUAGAGGUACAUGCGGAGGUAUUGCUGCAACUACAAAUUGGAUAUGUAACUUGAUUGUUGCACAGACCUUCCUCUCCUUGAUAAAUGCUGUGGGUACUUCAAAAACUUUCUUGAUAUUUGCUGCUAUCACAGCUGUUGCAUUCUUUUAUGUGCUAGCGUUAGUUCCUGAGACAAAAAACCUGAGCUUUGAGGAAUUUGAAAAAUUAUGGCAAGAGAGAGCAAAAAGGUGUAGAAUAAAGAAAAUCAGUCCCUUUCGACAAACACUUCUUGAAAGAGAUUAGAAGUCAUGACCUUGCAGCUCUGGGUUUAGGUGUUUUUGAGAGAUCAGACAUCGUGAAAUAGCUGUGUUCUGUUGUCAAUUGUUUUUUGAUGUCCUUGGCAGAAACUACCUUAAUAUGGCACGUCAAAUCUGUUGGAAGGGAUUUGGUUUAGACUCUCCUUGUUUUCCACUUGGAUGUAACGUUGACAUUUUCAUUUUGCUUUAAUAUUUAAAAUUCUCUGGGUUGGGGUUCUGAAUUGGGCAUUGUUAGAUAUCACGGUGCAAUUGCAAAGAUAAUUUAAUUUAGUAAUUCUUUUCUUUCA